CUGCUUUCUACUCGACAGUCUCCACUCAGCUCAUCAACUGUUACGCUCAAGCCAAAUUUGUUGAAAUCAUUACAAUAUGCUUAUCAAACCGCUUCUUGCCGUUGCAGCGCUUGCUUCAUCCGUUGCUGCAGGCGUGAAUUGCGCUGGCAACGAUUUCAGCACAGCUGAGCUGGACGCGUGCAAAAAUGAGCUUUGCAAGUGGAACAAUCGCGCUGGUCCAGGUGGCUACCCGCAUUUUUUCGCCAACCACGAGGGGUUUACGUGGGCUGUUUCGAAAAUCCACAGCCUAUACAUCUACCCUCUCAUUCAUGGCAUCAAUGCCUACUCAGGUGGUGCACCAGGAGCACACCGUUGCAUUGUCAAUUACGAUUCCAAAACCGGACAGUGCGUCACUCUUGGCGGCAUAACUCAUACAGGCGCCUCUUCUGUCAAUGGAUUUGUUAAAUGCCAAACUACUGCAUCAACAUCGUAAGCUGUUGAUGUUAGGACUUGUUCAAAAUUGAAGUCUAGAUGCUAGUAGUUUGGGAUACCUCAAUCUACUAGAGUCGAACAUUUCUGCUUAAAUAUAGGUCUUUCUUGUCUUUACUUUUAUUUUCUUCUGCUCGAGAGAACAGCCUUUCUAUUUUAAGUAGCUAGCUACCUUGGGCCUCUAGUAGCUCUCUUUGUGCUGUUCUCUUCUCUUAUUUUAAUUAAACCUGUUGCAAAAUUGCUAUUUUUUGCAUGUGAAGCCUGCAUUAUUUGAGAGUCUAAGUUUCCGGGUGUUAGUAGCAAUUUACCCAGCUUUAGUUGGGUGUAUUUUAAUGGUCGAGAUAAUGUCAGACCUCCCAUCGCAGUUCUCAAAUCAUAUAAUCCCACGACAGGCAGAACUAGCAGAAGUACGCGGACAGUAGGCAGCAGCCAUUCUAUUCC